AGGCGAUCGAAUCUUUCAGUGGUGCGACAACCGGACCAUUCUUUACGGGUGAAAGACUUGGCUCACAUAGACCUCUACUAAUCAGACCAAGUCGGGAUUCAUCGGAAGCGCACGUACUUAUUUCAGUAAAGAGCAAUCAAAAAGAAGAAAGAUGGCAGCAUCAACAAAUGCACAGAGUAAAAGAUUGUCUAUCCCAGAGUUUUUUAGAGGAAAGAACAUUUUCAUCACAGGAGUAACUGGGUUCAUGGGAAAAGUUCUGCUAGAAAAAUUGCUUCGCUCUUGUCCAGAAAUAGGCAACUGCUAUGUUUUGGUGCGUCCAAAGAAAGGGGUUCAACCACGGGACCGUGUUAAGGAUAUAUUCAACUCAAAGCUAUUUGAGAAACUUUGUGAAGAGCAGCCCGGACUACAGAGCAAAGUGAUUCCUAUCAGUGGUGACAUUCUUGAGCCACAUUUUGGAAUGUCUGUAGAAGAUCAGCAUCGUGUGUGUGAGGAUGUGUCGGUUGUGUUUCACUCUGCAGCUACAGUCAAAUUUGAUGAAGAACUCAAACUGUCUGUUCAGAUGAAUGUGGUAGGUGUGCAACAUCUACUUAGCAUUUGCCGCAAGAUGUCACAGCUGCAGUCAUUAGUUCAUGUUUCUACUGCCUAUGCCAACUGUGACCGAGACCAAGUGGCAGAACGAGUCUAUGAACCUCCACUUCACCCAAGAAAACUUAUUGAUGCUGUUGAAUGGAUGGACACAGAGACCAUUGGUGCACUGACCACCAAACUCAUUGGUUCUCGCCCUAACACCUACACUUAUACUAAAGCCAUGGCAGAGUCACUUUUAUUGGAGGAAGCACAAGGUCUUCCUAUUGCCAUUGUACGACCAUCAAUUGUAGGGGCAUCAUGGGAAGAACCUGUACCAGGAUGGGUUGACAACCUGAAUGGUCCUACAGGUCUUCUAGUAGCAAUUGGGAAGGGGCUUCUUCGGUGUAUGCAUGGUAAUUUCCAUGCUACAGCUGACGUUGUUCCUGUUGAUAUAGCAACCAAUGCAAUGAUUGUUGUGGCAUGGUAUACAGCUGUUGAACGGCCAUCCACUGUUAUGGUUUACAACUGCACUACUGGACAGAUGAACCGUCUCACUUGGGGUCAAGUUGAACGUAUGUCACACAAGUUUUUCAUGAAGAAUCCUUGCAACACUGUGGCCCGCAUUCCCAAUCCACGCUUCACAGUCAGCAACCUCCGUAAAACUAUCAGCCUUGUGUUUGAUCACUUUAUCCCUGCCUAUGUGAUGGAUGCAUAUCUCCGUCUUUUGGGCCGACGACCUAUGUUUGUUCGCCUCCAAGACAGGCUGUGGAAGGCUGUGAGGUCUCUAGAGUUUUUCACAUCACACCAGUGGAACUUUUGUAAUGACAACAUAUUUAUGCUUCUCACCAAACUGUCUGCUGAAGACAAGAAGACAUUUCCUUUCGACCCUCGAUCAAUAGACUGGUCUCAGUACAUGGAGAACUAUUGUCUUGGAGCAAAACAGUUUGUCUUGAAAGAGGAGAUUUCAGAGCUUCCUAAAGCUCGUAUUGCACUACAGAGGUUGCAACGAAUCCAGCUGGUUUUGAAGCUGUUGUUUGCAGCGGUGGUCUGGAGACUUCUAGUCAAAAGGGUGACUAUAGCCCAUUCUUUGUGGAAUCUCUUGCUGGGCUGGGUACAGCAAAUGUUCCAGAAAGUCCCCAUGCUUGCUCGGUCUUAGUGCCAUGGACAACCUACCUGUUCCUGCCAAACUUUUUCAGUCCUGUCCAUUUAUUACUUCUAACAAUGCAUCAGCUAUGUGGUCUAAAAGACCUCUGGAUGCAGAAUUCUCUGGCAGCAGUUUUGUAAGCACUUUGCUAGAGAAAGUUACCUAAUAAUUAUUUUUUCAUGGCCAUGCCUUGAAGAACUGAAAUUAGAUUUCACAAGAAAUCCUUGUGUCUGUGUUGGAAUAUUGUUAGGUUUGCAACUUUUUUUAAUAUUGCAACAUUUUUUCAGGUUAAGUUUAAAAUGAUCAGCAAUUGUUAAAUGAGGAGAAUACCAGGAGGAUAGUAAGUCUUGCAUGAGUGAGCAGAAAGAGGAAAUAAAGUGUGAGCUGUCAUUAUGUUUCCUGUACAGUUAAAGCACCCUUCUAGCAGCUUUUGUAAUAACUUGUGGUAUGCGUAUAAUUGCAAUCAAUUCAUGUUUGCACACUUAACAAACUUCACACUAUAUAUAUACACACAUAUAUAUAUAUUCAUGUGUGUGUGUAUAUAUAUAUACAUACAUGUGUUAAAAUAGUAGCAAUUUUUGUUUUUUGCCAUAUUCUACAUAUGGGUUUUUGACCCUUUGUCACUCUUGAUCAAUUUAUAAAGAUUCUUGGACAUUAUUCAGUAUUAAUGUUUUUAAUAAAUUGACUGUUAUUUGCAAUUGUUAAGAUGUAUAAGCUGUGCUUUAUUUAUUUUAUUAUUUUUUUCCAAACAAGAUGAUCUCAAGCUUAUUUUAAGCCUUUCUCAAGCCUAUCUCAAGUUGAUUGGGCUGUUUAUUAUUGUAUUCAUCCACUGAUACAUGCAGACCUUUGUACAUUUUGUCCACAUCAUGUUGUGAAGAAGAGACUUUCUUUUUAAGUACUAAAAGAAAAGCUGAGCUUGUUUUAUUCUUCACAAUGUGUAUUUAUGUCUGGAUAUUUUGAACUGUCAGCCAAAUCCUUGCUCCUCUAAAAGUGAAGGUGUGUCUAGCUUGUAUUCCUUGUUUUGCUUUGAUCAUUUUGUAGCAUAGUCAGUUAUAGGGUUACUUUGUUGAGCAGCUUUGUUUACCACAGUGCAUUCAAGAGAAGUUGUGGUUUGCUGGAGGUAUUAGCGCACCUCCUGUCUUUUCUGAUUUUGAUGUUUUGCCUGCUUGAACAAUCUUGUUUCUUGUAAUGUUUAUCAGCAACAUAGAAAAUACAUUUGUUGUCAAAAGUUGCAGUGACACAUAAAGUAAAAAGAAUUUUUGGAUUUGUGUCAUUUUGCAAGGACUGCACGAUAUUUCGAUAAUAAUGUUUUGCUUUAAAAUACAGUUCAUGGCAGAAAUCACAACCAAUCAAAAAUUGUCUUCAUAAUGGAAGGUUCAUUUUAAGUACAAGCGGAUAUUCAUUUUUUCUGCUGUGGUUUUAUUUUCACUUUUAUGAAUUUCAGAAUUUUGUUUCACACAUUUAAUCAAACCUCAUUGUGCCAUUUUUUAAAUGGCAGUGUAACUAAUCUUCUUAAAGACAUGCAGGGUUUUGUAGUAUUGUUUUAACAAGCAACAUACCCCAGACCUCAUGGUUUUUGAUAAAGUAUAAAAACCAGUCCUACAGAAAAUGCUCAGGAGUCAUGGUUUGACUUGAAAAAUGUUCAGUCUCUUUAACAACAGAAAUCACAGUACUUGACAACCAAUCAAAAGAAUGUGUAAUAGUUGCUAUGGACAAUCUUUUGUUGUUGUAUCUUUUGUAACUCCUGUUUCUUCGUCUGUUUGGUGUCUGUCUUGUCUAGUCUUGUCAUCUAAAGUAUCUGCAUUCUGCACUUGUCAAAUUCUGAGUAAGCAUAUCCUUUUCUCUGGAAUAAAGAUUUGUGUUCUUUAUUUUAUACAGAGUUUUAUGGUAAUUUGUACUCUUUUUCUGUGUGUCAUCUCUGUGAUAUUGCUAUCAGGGUUCAUACAUUAUUAAAACAGUUGUAGAUAUGACAACUCAUCUUUCAUUCUCCUGUAAGACAUGAUUUUGUGUUUUACUACCUCAUUCAAAAUAUUUUUGCCUGCUGUAAUUUCUUUUACUUUCAGAAUAUAAAUGAUGAGAAUUUUAGGAAUAGAAAAUAGUUAUUUAAUGUUAAAAAUAGAAAUUUGGUUUACAAAAGCCAAAUGUUGUGUAAUAUCUUUUAUUCAUACAAGAUCUUGAAAUUGUUUGUUAUGUGGUUUGCUGGCACAGGGAGGUUUCAUAGAGGAAUGGCGAGCUAGGUUGAAAGAAUCACUGGUUGACGUUCGGAUGUGCAUCCAGUUUUGAUGCUUUCGCUUUAAUAAAAUUUAAUCAUCAGUUUCUCUGUUGCAGUUGUGAAGUAUUACAUAUAAUCAUGGUUAUUUUUAACUGUGAACACAUAUUAAAGGUGCACUAAAACAUAUUUGACCUUCUUCCAAUCUUUUAAAGGUCCUUUUCUCCUGAUAUGAAAUUUUGAAAAAAAAAAAGAUUUUUUUUUUCUUCCUUCCAGCAUUUGUAAGUUAUUGACAGAUUCAAGGGAUUAAAUGUAAGAAUUAUUGUACUGUUUUUUUGAAAUUUUAUUUUCAUUAUUGGGAGGUAAUUUAGCGUAAUUGAAACUGAUUUGGUGUUAAAAAAAUUCAUUUAUAUUAUGCUGUAUUUUUUUUCUCUUAUCUGAAUACAGAUUUUUGUUUCAGGCAUGUAACCAAAUCUUCUGUGUUAGCAGUUUCUCUUUUCAAUAAACAUGAAAUUAUUACUCUUUUAUUCUGGUUGGAAAACAGUCAUCUGAAAUAUUUUUAAUUAUUUUUAUAGUAGUGUAACUAGUUCUCUUGAAAACUUUCAGGGUUUUAUAGUAUUUGUUUUAACAUUGUAAUCAGUAAAAUACUUUAGACCUUAUGGUUUUCGAUAAAAUAUAAAAAAAUCUGGUCCUACAGAAAUUUCUCGGGAAUCAUGGUUUGACUUAAAAACGUAAAAAUGUUUAGCCUCUUUAACAACACCCUAGACUUUCUGUUCCUUUGAACUGCUAGUUUAAUCUGUCCCUUCAAAAGAGGAACUAAUUCAAAGUUGGUAAUAAGCAUUUAAACAUGCUAAAAUCAUCUUUAUUUUAAGAAGCAUGUAAAAAUAUUUUGUUAAAGUAAAAACUUAAGAAUUUGUGACUGAAAGGUGCAGAAUUUUGUUUAUAAGUAAGGUGGCGUACUUUCUCAGUAUGGAGGAGCAAAUAACCUAGUGGUUAAAGUAACAGCAUCCGAACCUGAAAGGGAGCAUGCUGGGCUGUUUUAUAUCCUUGUGAUGAGAUCUAGAUGUAUAAUGUGGGUGCCUGACUGUAGAGACUGAAGAAGGUAAGACAGUGAAGUAGAGGAAAUGGCCCCUGUCCUCACAAAGGCUGGCCUUGAGAUAAGGGAGGGCUCCAACACUUCUCCCUAUGACUGCAAGGUCACAAGACUAUCUUUACCUUUUUUUUUAACCUUAUUUGCCAUGUGACAUCUAUUUCAGCUGAUAUGAAGCUUAGUUAUUAAGGAAGUUAUAUGCAGAGCCUUAAUGUUCAUGUCUAAUACAGUAACUUGGCAGUGUCAGAAUUGAGACUGAGACAAUUAAUAGAGAUUUUUUUUCCAGGUGUCAUCAGGUUUAUUGUAGGCUCAUCUAAAAUAAAAGUUAAGAUCUAUUUGAAUGAUCAUUAGUUUUCUUGAAAUAUAAAGCAGUGUUUGGUAUAUAAUAUUUUGAUGCUAAAAAUUGUAUUUCUAUUUGUGAAAUUAAUAGAGGUGGAACAUUUUGAAAUUUGGUGUGCCACUGGUGCUUGGAGAAGCUUACACAGUUUUGUUCAUGGAGACUUAUGGUACACAUGUACAGCACUUUCAUCACUUGUGUCAGAAACAUAGGAUGUAACACUUCAUUUAGGAUCAUUCUGAACAGUUGGCUGCUGAGGUUAGUAAAAAAGAAAGAUUUGUCUUGUGUUGGGAGUGAUUGGAGGGGUUGGGGCAUAGAAAAGGGGUUGCUGACUUAGAAAUCUUAUAAUAAUCUAUUGUGUAGAUAUUUGAUGGUGUUGAUAGUCUUGAAGAUGCUACAUAUAUGUACAUAAUUGCAUCCUUGAAUUUGUUGUGACUUAAAUGAAAAAAAAGGAUAGUAAAAUGUAGAUAUAGUCAUAAUUUAGUAAAAUGUUGUAAUGCUUUUUAUUUAUUUAAAAAAAAUGCAUAUGAUGUCUCUCUCUCUUUAUGAGGUGUGGUGCAGGCUGAGUGUUUACAUGUUUAGACAAAUUUAUGGGUAUGCAUAUAUUUGCAUAUUUGUGAGACAAUUUUUAGACAUUAAAUUAUUGUUGGAUGAGAUGAAUUAAGACUGGUUGAAAAAAAAGAGUCUCUUUGUUUCUCCUAGGUACAUUCUGUUUGCUUUGAUGUAGACUUUAUUUUUCUGUGAUUAUUGAUCACUUGUGGUCUGAGUAUAUCUUGUCAUGUAUGAGUAUAUUUUAUACAAUAAAUAAUGUUCUAGUCUUAAUUUUGAUUUGGUACACCCUGAUUUCUUUAAUACAGACUUUAUUUUUCUUCUUCAUUUGUAGUUUGAAUAUAUUUAUGCAUAUAUGAGUACAUUUUAGACCAUAAAUAAUGUGCUUGUAUUAAUUUUCUCAUAGAUAGCAUUAAAUAGAGUCUGUCAUAGAAUGUGCAAGACCUCAGAGAGCACCAUUUUAUUCAUUAGCUUGAAUUAGGUACUGUUGAUUAUGCACCUUUCUCCUUCACAUAUAACUUUGUGGAUUUGAUUUUGACCUUUUGGUCUCAUUUUGUUUUUAUGAAAAUUCAUUCUGAUUCAUAGAUACUUAAUCUAUAAAAAUCAGAACUUUGCAAAUUAAAAAAAAUUAUUGUGAUUGCAAAUCUGGACAAACAACUCCAAUGUGACAUUAGAACAUGGAAAAUCAAAUUGUAUCAAACGUUCAACAUCUGUUGAAUAAUUACCAUGAGGGACAUCCUCCUGACAAAGGUGAAAAAAUAAAAGUCUUUCACAAAUGGGGGUCAGAUAUGGUCAAUAAAGAACCAGCAUAAUUCUUGGACUUUCAUUUCUUUUAUUAGAAUCCUAUAUUUGUCUACAGCUUAUGAAUGUUUCAUCUUUUCUGUGUUACUGAAGCUUACUGUUCAGUAUUAGCUCAGGUCUUUUGCAGUAUUUUGAAUAUAUGUAUGUAUGAAUACAUAAAUUGGUUUGUCAAUUUGCUUACAUGCGGCAUAUUGUCAAAGUUUUUGAAAGAGGCUAUACUUAUUUGAGCCGAAGAGUAUAACAAGAUAUCUUUGUUUUGUAUUACAUCAUUGCAAAUCAUAAUCUUUUUUUUUCUAUGAGAAUGCUGCCAUCUGAAUGUAAAGACUUGCUUGACAGGAGCAGUAUUUUAUACAGUUUCAUCUAUUUGGAGAAUUAUUGUUUGGUUUUGUGAUACAUUACUCUUUUAUACCUAUUGCAUAAAGGAGGGUUGGUCAUACAUAUAGGAGUAAGCACAAAAAAAUGACAGUUUCUGCUGAUGAGAAGAGGUUUCCAGCUAUGAUUAUGGUUUUCCAUUUCUUUCUUUGUGGUUAUUUGCAUUGUUUUUUUAUGUUAUUGUUCUACAGACAUGAACGGAGAUAGUCUAAAUGAAGAUUUGUUAGUACAGUAAAUGAAACAUCUUCACACUAGCAUAGUUGCUGGAAUAACUCUGUUAGUCUGAUCUGAUGGAAUGUUAGUGACCUGAAAUAAACUUGAGCUGCUAUUGUUUAAGAAUGUAACAAUUUAAACUGGUAAGUUGCAUGGGAUUGAAACUUGCAAGACAGCUGUUGUGUACAUGAUAUAUGAGUGACAUGUAUUUUGUCCUUUAUUCAAAACAGCUAAUGUGCUGUGUUUGGUACCUUAUCAUCGCAUAAAUCAUUGCUGUAUAAAUUUCUGGAGUGAGAUGUUUAAGUCGGCAAUCUUGGAGCAGAAGUGGCUUUAUGAAUAUCUGCAUUGUUGAGUGUAAUUGUUAGCUAGUGUGACAGCUUUAAAGAUUCAGUUACAAACUGUUUUGAUACUUUUAUACUUUAAAAGUUUUGGAUUAGGUGAGAGCAAAGACAAUGCACACAUUUUUAGCAUUGUUGUACAAUGAGAUAAAAAAGAUCUGUGUCUUUAAUGUACUCCUGGUCAUCAGCUGAACCCUUCAUCAUUUCAAAACAUGUCGAAUCCUACAGAGUCAUGCUCACUUAUGCUGCUUUAGUGAUACAAGUUAAUUACAAAUGGGAGUUAAUGAUUUUAUGUUUCCCAUAAUUGUGGAAAGAGCAAUUUGAAGUUUAAUGUUGUGGUUUCAGAUUUUUUUUUAUAGAUUUUGUUGUUGCUGCAUCCCAUUAGCUUGGGGAUUUCGAACAUGGAGCUAAGUUCAUUUAUUAAUGUUUUUCUGCUUAUGGUGAUUAUGGGUCAAAAUUAUAUCCCAGAAAUUUUAUGCUGUUGCUCAUAGUUAUUAACAGAAAGGCAAAAUUGCUGCUUUAACCUCACUGUACCUCCCCUCCAACCACUUGUGAAUAUUAGAACUUACAUAUUGUCACACACUUUUUUUUAAAAACAAUGAUACUUUCAGCCGCUUUCAAACCAAAACUAAACAAAGCAGGUCAAAUAUGAAGUAUCUACAAAUUAUGCCUGGAUAUUCCUCAGCACAUGAAGGUCAAAACAGUUUUGAAACAGCUAAUUUAAGCUCAUUUUUAGUAUUUUCUGCAUUGAUUUACUUGAUUUUACAAAUGAUGUUGAAAUACAUUUGGUGCCUAGCACAGCUUUUAAUAACAAGGAAAAAACACAUGGCUUUAAAAGUAGCACAGAAGCUUAGUACUUAUUAUAACUUUGAAAAUAAAGGAUUUUAACUUGUG